AUGCGACCUACGUCGCUCCUCCCGCUCUUCGGAGUGUCUAGCGCCCUCUCCACGCCGAUCAAUGAGACUAAGAACGCAAAUCACAUUUUCAACACAAUCCAAGACUCCAUGCGCCAAUGGGGCUCUUCUCUUCAUCACAACGGUGUUUCAUACUUCCUCGCCAGGGUUCCCGCGGGGACACAAUUCUACCAUGGAACUUCCAAGGACACCCCAGUGAUUGGCACCGAAUGGUUGGCAUUCGAGCCUGAGCAUGCGAUGGUCUUUGCACGCCCGCGUGGUCCUCCCCCUCCUUCCUCUCCUCCACACGAUGACACCGAGCCAGAGGGUGGUCAUAGAGAGUUGCGCAAGCGCGAGGGCUUUGAAGAUUUCGGCCCGCCCCAUGGACAUCCCCUAGAGGAUAUGGAAAACAGAGCCGGCUACUUGCACACAUAUACAGCAAAGAAGGAUCUCCGUCUUCUAUAUGUGGAUGGCAUGUCCGCAGCGAAAACCGACAAGGGGACACUGGACUCCCAAGACCUGGUUUUGUUCAAUGGUCGCCUGGAUGACUCUCCUCGUGGCGGGUUCCAGGAAAACGAGCGAGCAAAAAUUGCAUGUGAGCUUGCUGCAAAUGAGUGGGAGGGUCGCAUCGAUGGUAUUCUUCGUAUGGAAGCUGGAUUUGAGAUCAUCCUCUGCGAUUUUGAGCGGGAUCUGAAUUCGGUACGCAUCAUACAGGUCAAGCAGGAAUCUAGAAAUGGGCCGCCUGGUGGACCUGGGCCGAUGGAGAAGCCUCACCACGGUGACCUCCGGAAAGAUGAUCAUGGUAUGCGCGAUGAUCGUGGACCUCGGGACAGAGACUCAGAACACCAUGGUCAACGCCCACGCAAGGACAGCAAGAUGCGCCAUGAUGCCCACGGACCCGAAGGAAAAGAUGACACUCGACGACACGGUCCAGGAGGCCCCGGUGGCCCCGGUGGCCCCGGUGGCCCAGGCGGUCCAGGUGGUCCAGGUCAAGGUCCCGACUCGUCUCGCUGGAUGCGCGCAGUAACAGCCCGCUACCACGGUAUAGGCGGCAACCGAGUAUCUCUCAACUUCGACCACUUUGUAUCGGCUUUCUCUUACGAUACCGAUCUGUUCCAGGGGAAAACUCUUCCCAGGCUAGCUAGUCUCACUCAAAAGGAACUCACUGCCCUGCGCGACGAAGUAACAUACAUGAUCAAAACCUACCACCCCGCUGAAGUGUGCGAGGACUGGCAAGCUAUUGCCGAUAUGGUUGUCACCCGGUAUAGCAAGCAGCUUGCAUACUUUGCCUCUGGUAAAAUCGCAUCGAUGUCAGAUCUGCAAGACGAGAUCGAAACGCUGAUGGCUCCUUUCAUUGAUUUCGGAAAUCGAGAUUCGCAAGCAGAAAUCGAGCGUUGCGUAUUCCAGUUCGUGCCUGACCACGCACUCACUGAAGAUAGUGUGGCAGGCGGGGCAGUUUACGGAGUCACAAAGAGGAUUUGCUCGGCUCUGUUUGAGGCUCAUGGUCAGAAGAGCCUCAAGAAGGCUGUUCAGGAGGUCCAUAAGCUCAUGGAGUACCUGGAUUGGACAACGUGGAAGCAGUGCAAGGGCUGUGACGAGAACGAGAUUUGUGUUGUGCCUAUCUGGCCGAUGGGGACCAAGGAGGAUUAUGAGCACCCUCGAUGUAAGGAUGCUGAUAAUCCUUUUGGACAGGGAGGUGAAAGUUACUGGGGUGGAUUCCACCACUAA